AGAGAGACAGCUAACGGCCUCUCUCUCUUGCCUGAUUUGAUUUUGAUUUUGGAUUUGGAAUUGGAUUUUUGGGCUUUGUCAAUCAGGGUGUGGCCACCCCAUUAUGACUCUUCCCCGUUUCUUGCAAUGGCCGCACUCUAUUUCUCUUCCUCUUCUUCUUUCUCUUCAGGUUGUGGGUUUGACCUUCGCAUUUUCUUCUCUUUUAACCUUAAAAACUACGUAUUCAAUGGUGGGAGCAUAAGGGAAAGGCGGUACCCAUCUGUUACAGGAGGCCUGGUUGCAGCUUGAAGUAAGUUUUGUUAUUGCUGACAACCCAAAAAUAGCAUUCAACGGGAAAGCUCUCACUGUCAAUUGGAUCAUAUUUGAGCAGUUGCUAGUUUUUCCUUCUUUUUUGUUUUUCCACUGUUGGGUGUGGUCUUGGGGGUUUGUUUGUUCUGGUUUCUGCGUGUUGGGUUUGUGAUUUUGAUUGGGAUUGGCAUCUGGGUGUUUAAUGAGUUUGUUGACUUUUGAUUCUGGGCUGCUCAAGAGGCGUUUGAUCUUCAGAUCAUGGCCUCUAACCGACCACUUUUGAUCCCAUCUCCUCGAACCCCAGCUGUUGAAGAUCUUCCAACCAUACCCAUCUUCGCUGAUCUAGCAAAACCCAAUUCUGAAAACCCCAAAUUGGUUAUGCGUAUGGAUUCCAAUAACCCACUUGGGAAUCACACAAAUACUGAACCCACCUUGAAUUCAUCUUCUCGGCGAAGUAUCUCGUCGGUUCAGUCGAGGGCCUCCCGUGGGAAUUCUGUCAGUGGGAAAUCUGUUAGUGGGGUGAGUUUUGAUCUUUCUGGAUCCAGGCCAGUGCGACAUGGGUCGAGGGGCGCUGAAUCUGAUGGAUUUAGCAUGUCCCAGAGGGAGCUUAGUGAUGAGGAUGCAAGGUUGAUCUAUAUUAAUGAUCCAGAAAAGAGUAAUGAAAGAUAUGAGUUCGCAGGGAACACUGUUAGGACUGGGAAGUAUUCUAUUCUCACUUUUUUGCCUCGGAACUUGUUUGAACAAUUUCAUAGGAUUGCAUACAUAUAUUUCCUCGUGAUUGCGAUCCUUAAUCAGCUCCCUCAGCUGGCCGUUUUUGGCCGGACAGCUUCCGUACUGCCUUUAGCCAUUGUUUUGUUAGUUACUGCCAUUAAGGAUGCAUACGAGGACUGGAGGAGGCACCGGUCAGACCAAAUUGAGAACAAUAGGAUGGCACAGGUGCUUGGGGAUGAUGGGUUUCAAGAGAAAAAAUGGAAGAACAUCCGCGUUGGUGAAAUCAUCAAAAUCUCAGCUAAUGAUACUCUUCCUUGUGACAUAGUGCUGCUCUCUACCAGUGAUCCUACUGGGGUUGCUUAUGUGCAGACCAUUAAUUUGGAUGGGGAGUCAAACUUGAAGACCCGGUAUGCUAGGCAGGAGACCAUUUCCAGAAUGUCCCAGAAGGAGAGGAUGAGUGGGUUGAUCAAGUGUGAGAAGCCUAGCAGGAACAUAUAUGGGUUUCAGGGAAACAUGGAGGUUGAUGGGAAACGCUUGUCGCUUGGACCAUCCAAUAUUGUACUUCGAGGUUGUGAGCUUAAGAAUACUACAUGGGCAAUUGGGGUUGCUGUGUAUUGUGGUCGUGAGACGAAAGCAAUGCUCAAUAACUCUGGUGCUCCAUCAAAGAGGAGCCGACUUGAGACCCAUAUGAAUCGGGAGACCCUUUUUCUCUCUGCGUUUCUUAUUUCUUUGUGUACAAUAGUCUCUGUUCUUGCAGCUGUUUGGUUGAGGCGACACAGAGAUGAGUUAGAUUACUUGCCGUAUUACAGGAGAAAAAGUUAUGCUAAGGGAAAGCCAGAAAAUUAUAACUAUUAUGGUUGGGGUUGGGAGAUAGUAUUCACAUUUCUCAUGUCAGUUAUUGUGUUCCAGAUCAUGAUUCCCAUUUCUUUGUACAUCUCUAUGGAGCUUGUCCGGGUUGGUCAGGCAUACUUCAUGAUCCAAGAUAAUAAAUUGUAUGAUGAGGCCUCAAAUUCAAGGUUCCAGUGCAGGGCUUUGAAUAUAAAUGAAGAUCUAGGACAAAUCAAAUAUGUAUUCUCAGAUAAAACUGGUACACUGACGGAGAACAAGAUGGAAUUUCAAUGUGCAAGCAUUUGGGGAGUAGAUUACAGAGGCGGGACAACCUGCAUGCAAGGAGAUGGAUAUUCUGUUCAAGUUGAUGGGCAGGUCUGGAGGCCAAAGAUGAAGGUGAAAGUUGACCUGGAGCUUGAACGACUAUCAAAAAGUGGAAAGCAGACAGAAGAAGGCAAACACAUCCAUGAUUUUUUUCUUGCAUUGGCAGCUUGCAAUACAAUUGUGCCUAUUGUAGUAGACACAUCUGAUCCUGCUGUGAGGUUGAUAGAUUAUCAAGGGGAAUCUCCAGAUGAACAGGCAUUGGUUUAUGCUGCUGCUGCUUAUGGUUUUAUGCUCAUGGAACGAACCUCUGGCCAUAUAGUUAUUGAUGUUCACGGAGAAAGACAAAGGUUUGAUGUUUUGGGUUUGCAUGAGUUUGAUAGUGACCGUAAAAGGAUGUCAGUUAUAUUGGGGUGCCCUGACAAUACUGUGAAAGUUUUUGUAAAAGGUGCUGACACAUCCAUGUUUAGCGUAAUUGAUAAAUUUUCAAACAUGAACAUUAUACGUGCAACUGAAAGUCAUCUUCAUAAUUUCUCCUCUCUGGGUCUGAGAACACUUGUUGUUGGGAUGCGGGAUCUCAAUGGUUCUGAAUUUGAGCAAUGGAAGUUUGCCUUUGAGACAGCAAGCACUGCUUUGAUUGGAAGGGCAGCUUUACUUCGCAAGAUUGCUAGCAAUAUAGAAAACAAUCUAAGCAUAUUGGGUGCCUCUGGAAUCGAAGAUAAAUUGCAGCAGGGUGUGCCGGAAGCAAUAGAGUCUUUGAGAAUGGCAGGGAUUAAAGUGUGGGUUUUGACUGGAGACAAGCAAGAAACUGCCAUAUCAAUUGGCUACUCAUCAAAACUCUUAACAAGCAAUAUGACCCGGAUUAUAAUCAAUAACAACUCUAAGGAGUCUUGUAAAAAGAGUUUAGAAGAUGCUAUUGUUACAUCUAAGACACUCAUGACGCAGUCUGGUAUUUCACAAAAUACUGAAGGGAUUUCUGGAACUGCUGAGACUCCAGUUGCCUUGAUUAUUGAUGGUACCAGCCUUGUUUAUGUUCUUGACGGUGAACUUGAAGAACAGCUCUUUCAGUUGGCUAGUGGAUGUUCUGUGGUACUGUGUUGCCGAGUAGCUCCACUGCAAAAAGCUGGAAUUGUUGCCCUCAUAAAGAAAAGGACUGAUGAUAUGACCCUUGCCAUUGGGGAUGGUGCUAAUGAUGUUUCAAUGAUACAAAUGGCUGAUGUGGGAAUUGGUAUCAGUGGCCAAGAGGGCCGUCAAGCUGUCAUGGCAUCAGAUUUUGCAAUGGGGCAGUUCAGAUUUUUGGUUCCACUUUUAUUAGUUCAUGGUCAUUGGAAUUACCAGCGGAUGGGCUACAUGAUACUGUACAAUUUUUACAGGAAUGCCGUGUUUGUUCUUGUCUUGUUCUGGUACGUGCUAUAUACUUGCUUCAGUGUGACAACUGCGAUUAAUGAAUGGAGCAGUGUGUUGUAUUCUGUAAUCUACAGCUCUGUGCCUACAAUUGUUGUUGCAAUUCUUGACAAGGACCUAAGUAGUAGGACUCUUCUAAAGCAUCCUCAGCUCUAUGGAUCUGGGCACAGGCAAGAGUGUUACAACUCAAAAUUAUUUUGGUUAACAAUGCUGGACACUGUGUGGCAGAGUGCUGUCAUCUUCUUUGUACCUCUAUUUGCAUAUUGGAAUAGCGUUGUUGAUGGGUCAAGCAUUGGAGAUCUUUGGACACUUGCAGUGGUGAUUUUGGUCAACAUACACUUGGCCAUGGAUGUCAUUCGGUGGACUUGGAUUGUUCAUGCAGCCAUUUGGGGAUCUAUAGUUGCAACUUGCAUUUGCGUCAUUAUCAUUGAUGCUAUACCUUCAUUACGUGGCUACUGGGCCAUUUUCCAUAUAGCAAAGACGGGUUCAUUCUGGCUGUGCUUGCUUGGUAUCCUUGUUGCAGCUGUCCUACCUCGUUUUGUUGUAAAAGUUCUAUAUCAAUACUUCACUCCUUGUGAUGUUCAGAUUGCAAGAGAAGCUGAGAAGUUUGGGUAUUCAAGGGAGUUAGGAGGCAUGCAGAUAGAAAUGAACCCAAUCUUGGAGCCUCGACAGAGAUGAAUAGGUGAUUUUGCUCCUUUUUGCACCUCCUUCCCUCCUUUGUAAAGUUUCAAAUUCUUUAGGCUGCUUCAGAGUACCUCUCUUGCUUGCUAGAUUAUCAUUGUUUUCUGUCCAAAGGACAGAUUUGUGUCACACAUUAUUGUAUCUCUUAUAGAAUACCAUUAAAUGUAAAUUAGCAUUGUUUACCAUACGGAGAAAGAUGAUUGUUACAUGGAUUCUAUCAUGACAGAGUUGAUUAUGAAAAUAUAAUUUUUUUGGAUUUGAACC